CAGCCCUCACCCUGGAAUGGCAGAAGGUGUUUUUUGCAGGAGCAACCCGUGUCACUGCUGGAGGAGAGAAGAGCAGAGCACAGGCAUUUCGGGCGUGCUAAGAACAAGCGUUUUCUCCUCCCCGGUUCAUUCUUUGUUCCCCUUGCAGAGUCAUUUCCGGCAGCUCGGCUCUCUCGCGGCUCUUGGUGGGGACGUGGAGGGGGUUUGUUUCUCUCCCACUUGCAGGAGGAUGGGUCUCAGCACGCACCUCGAGUAUCUCAUCCUGGCUGCAUGCCUGGGGAAACCACUGGGCACCGUGGGGCAGACCACCGUCACCCAGCAAGAAGGGCAAGUCACGCUGAAGCAGAGAGACACCUUCCAAACCACCUGCACAUACAGGUCUCUAACUUAUGCCCUGCUCUGGUACCAGCAGAGGAAAGGCCAAGGCCCCCAGCUGGUCUCCUACCAGGCAGCAGCUGGCUCCAAGCAGAGCGGCCGUUUCACCACGUUGCUGAACACCGCAGGGAAAUCCAGUGUCCUGAAGCUGGAGGAAGUUGAGGUCUCUGACAGUGCCUUGUACCUCUGUGCUGUGCAAGACACUCCGGUGCAGGGAGCUUCCUUGGCUGUGCAAGAACCCAGGGGAGGGAGGGGAUGUGUCUGCAAGGCUGAGUUAGAUUAUUUUACGUCCUUUAACAAGUGAAGGCAAACUGAGGCUCAUCCUCAUCUUUUAAGGGAAUCAUAACCCCCCCCCCCUAUAUUUUUAACUUCAAA